GUGAAUCCCAAGUCCCAAGUUGUGUUGGGCAAAAGGAAGGUUGUUUUGGCCCAGUGGGUUGCGUUUGUGUGCAUCACUGGGCUCCUGAUUGCGAGUUUAACCAUUCGUGUUCUGCGAAAUACCGUUAUUUGGCAUGUGCAUUUGUGGGGAUGGUGUUUGCUGAUGUUGGCAAUCUUUUGUGGUAGGUUGCUGACUCACUGGUUGAUCACGUUAUUAAUUUCCUUGAUUGAGAGGAAGUAUCUGCUCAAAAGGAAUGUUUUGUACUUUCUCGUUGCACUCAAGGACAGUGCCGAGGUGUUCGCAUGGUUGGGUCUGCUUUUUUUAGCCUGGGUUUGGCUGAUAGACCAUAGAGUGAAACGAUCAAGACCGACGACUGGGAUUCUGAACAGGGUAACGAGGGCGCUUGCUUCUUGUCUCCUAGGAGCUGCCUUAUGGCUGAUCAAAACAUUUCUGAUAAAAUUGCUUGCUGCUUCUUUUCAAUGCAAGAGAUUCUUUGAUCGCAUUCACGAUGAAAUCUUCCAAUGCCACGUGAUAAGGAAACUUUCCAACCCCGUGGGUAAAAAGAUAAGUCCCGAGGUGAACAUAGAGAAGCUAGGAAGGAUGAAGCCGAGUAAAGUUUCUGCUUGGAAAACGAAAAAAUUGAUUAACAUCAUCAAGGGCCGGGAGCUAUCGACUCUUACCCAUUCCCUCGGUGAGGCACAGCAACAAGAUAAGGGGAUCACCGAUGAACAAAAAGCCAAGAAUGCUGCCAAAGCUAUAUUCAAGAACGUUGCCAAGUCAGGGAGCCAGUUUAUCGAGGAGAAUGAGCUUUUGGGCUUCAUGACGAAGGAGCACGUCGAGAGAUUAUUUGCUUUCUUUCCCGAAGCAAAAGAAACUCGGAAAAUCAGAAAGUCGUUUUUCAAGAGGUGGAUGGUGAUGGUCAGUCGUGAACAAAAAUCACUCAUUCGCGCCUUAAAGGAUACGAAAACAGCCAUCAAGGAGCUGGACAACCUUGCUUCAGCAGUUUUGCUCGUCGUGGUCAUCAUUCUGUGGUUACUUCUGACAGGAUUAUUGACGACGCAAGUGCUCAUCUUUAUUUUGUCGCAGCUUUUGCUUUUACAGUUCAUUUUUGGGAACGCUGCCAAAGACUUGUUCGAAGCCAUCGUGUUUGUAUUCGUGAAGCAUCCGUUCGAUGUGAGUGACCGCUGCCUUGUCGAUGGGGACAAGUUGGAGGUUGAGGAAAUGAAUAUCAUGACUACUGUCUUCCUGACAGAGGACGGUGAAAAGAAAUCUUACCCAAAUUCAGUUCUGGCCUCUAAACCCAUCAUCAACUCCAGCCGGAGCGAAAACAUGAACGAAUCUGUGGAAUUCAUGGUCAAUUUCUCCGCUUCAGACGAGAGCCUUGAAGCUUUGACAAAUAAAAUAAGAGAGUACAUAGAAAGGAAGCCGAAACACUGGCAUCGGGAUCACAGUGUUGCGUUUAAGGAGAUUGCGGAAGCUGACAACUCGAAGGUCUUGAAGAUGGCUCUCCAUGUCACCCACACAUUGGAUUUCCAGGAGGCCAAGGAAAGGACCAAACGGAGAUCCGAGCUCCUGCUGGAGCUGAAGAAAAUUUUCGAAGAACUCCAUCUCAAGUAACGCGUGCUUCCUCAGUAAUAUUUAUCUCAGUUAGUAUGGGUCGGCGGCAGCUACUGUGCAUGGUUAUGACGACUCCAGGAGCACGGCGUUCCUAGUAAUCUGCAAAUAUACGAGAAUGGGACUUCAUAUCUGCCCUUUUUUUUUCCUGCUUUUCUUUCUUGUCUGGCUAAGAAAGUGUGCGACUAUGUUCUUCGCUUGAUCAUAAAUGACAUAUUGCAUAAGAAUUACAAUGUACCUCUAUGAAUAGGCUGAAUAUAUAAGAACAGUAUCAAAUAAGUGAAGCAGUGACCAGAUUUCGCG